CUCAGUGAGAGGGGGGAGCAGUGCACAGGCAGACCUACUCACUAGCAAACACUCACACUCUGGGAUUUAUUAACACACCUCCUGGAGCAGCACUGACACCGGGAUAUAUUUAUUUUGUGCAGCAAGAAACUAGACUUUGCAUUUAGUUGCAGUGCUCUGCUUGCACUGCCCAGGUAAGGCACUCUCUUGCACAUUUGAAAGAUUCCACCGGAGAACUGUAUCAGUUUUGUUGCAAGUUGAGCAGAACUGACAUCACUGAGGAUUUGGUUCCUGGAAAUGCUCUGAGGCUGAAAAAUAAGCAACUGAGCUGACUGCAAGGCAGUGCACUAUCACACUGCAAGCAGCAGUGCACUGUAUCUUUCACUGAGUGCACUAUCACACCUGAGCAAGCAGUAGUGCACUGUAUCGUCCACUGAAUAGGCAUCACUGCACAGUAUCUUCCACUUACAGUCCACCAUAACAACUGAAUAGGCAGCAGUGCACAGUAUCUUCCACUGACAGUGCAUUCACACCUGAGUAGGCAGCAGUGCACUGCCAGUUACACUCUUGUUCAGUACUCCUGCUUGAAGUGAGGACUUGUGGAAUUCCACUUAUUAAUUGCAGUAGUGCAAGUACACAUUUUACCUGGAUCACUAGGAACGUCUCUAUAUUGCUUGAUUGGUUUCAGUAGUCCCAUUCAUUAGGAAGCAAGGUGUGCUUGUGCAUGAUGCUCUUUAAUUCUAGUGCUGAAGCUUUCUCGAGGAACUGCUAAAAAAAAACAAAAAAAAAAAAAAAAAACACAAAACUAGCUUUCGUCUCUGGUGCAGCACCGCUUUAUUGUCUGUGCAGUGCUUGGUGUGCGGCAUGGAUCCCAGCGGGGAAGUAUCAAUUUAUCCUGUGGCCCCUUUGUGCCAUGCCGGAGCAGGAAAGGACGAGGACUGCACAAUGCGCAGUGCAGUGCAAGAGCUCCAUUCCGAAAUGGACAGUUUCAGACGUGGGGUGGAGCGGCAACUGGAGGACGUGCUGAGACUGGCCGGGCCGCUCUCCCGCUCUGUCUCCGACCUGCAGUGCGAAAACCGCCAACUUCGGGAGCAGGUGGAAAGGCUAAGCCGCCAAGUGGAGCUGUUGAGCCGGGCAGCUGGAUUAAGCGGAGAUGCGCAGACGAGGUACUCCAGUCAUGCCCUGCUGUCAGUAUCUGCGAAAUCCCAGAGUUCUGUGCCAGAGGCACCGAAUGAUGUGGAGGCCUCAAGAACCAGUGUAUCUACAGUUGUGGAGAAUGGACACCAAUCUCUGUCUGACAAAGUGAAAAUCUCCCCAGAUCCAGUUUCUGUGGCUCCCAUGCCCUCUGCCCAGGAACAUUUUCCAGCACUGUCUGCGAGGAAGCCACAUAUGCCUGUCACUGCUAUAACAAAAGUGAUAGCAGAGUCCCAACCUGGCACAACCAAUGGCAAUAGCCACCAGCCUGCACAUGAUGUCAAGAGUCCACAUGAGAUGUCACCUAAGCCGAGCAGCACUCAAGGUGCUGUCAGAACCUGGAAUGCCAGUGUUGCCAGAACAAUGGGUGUAUCAACCAGCACGGAAAAGAGCAUAUUGGCUUCAAAAUCCUCCCAGAGCUACAGUGUGUCAAGUUCUUCAGUGAUUAGCGAAAGUACCGACAGAUAUUUCGAUGUCACUCCCAAAUCUCAGUCUCCUCCACCUGCAGUGAGUCGCCAAGCUGAAAAGAAACGGGAGUUGGUGAGGUCCCAGACUCUUCCACGGUCCUCGGGCACGCAAGCUCGCAAAGCUUUCUUUGAGAAAUUCGACAAUGACAGCUCCAAGGGCAAGGGGGAAUCCAAGGUAAAGCUGAAACGGUCUCAGAGUUUUGGUGUUGCCAGCGCCAGCAGCAUUAAACAGAUCCUAUUGGAAUGGUGUCGCUCAAAAACGAUUGGCUACAAGAACAUUGACCUCCAGAACUUCUCGUCCAGUUGGAACGAUGGAAUGGCUUUCUGUGCCUUGGUCCACUCCUUCUUCCCAGAAGCUUUUGAUUAUGAUUCAAUGGUCCCCACAAACCACAAGCAAAAUUUUGAAACUGCAUUUUCCACAGCAGAGAAAUUUGCCCACUGUGACCGGCUCAUUGAAGUGGAAGACAUGUUAAUGAUGGGUAGAAAGCCAGAUCCCAUGUGUGUGUUCACCUAUGUGCAGUCUCUCUACAAUCACCUGCGACGCUUCGAGUGACCUUAUUCUCGACACCACCGCCCCACCAAUCCCACCAUCUCUUUCGUUGCUGCAAAAGUAUGCCAGGCAUGAACAAUGACCAUGGCCGCAUACCUCUUCUUCACUGAUGCUCAGGCCUGCCUCAGCCGGUUAUACCUUCUAUAUAGACAGAUAAGAUAAAAAUAUACACAAGGUGUCGAGGACACUAUUUCUACAAAACCAGAAAAGAAGAGGGUGGGUGUGGGAGCUGGUUUUAUCACCUCCAGUUAUGUUAACAAUGUCUACAAGCUGUCUUACGUAACACCCAGACAGCACUUUGUUUGGUUUGUGAGCUGUUGCCACACAGGGGACACGUUGGCGGGACUGAAUGAGGAUAUGGUGCAGUCAUUACUGUGCUCUUGUGACAAGGAAACUGUGAUAGAGGCUUCUGUUGCGAAAACAAGCAUGUUCACAAAGGCAUGUCCUCAUAGUGAGUUAUUCAGUAAUUGUACUUCUGUUUUUAUUUACAGUCUGGGCUAUAAGCUUGACGGCUAAGGUUUU